GGGUGAACUUGAGAAAAUAACAGUUUGUUAGCGGUAACAACGAGACACAACAUGCCUCACAAAGCGGUUAAAGUGAUCGUUGAGCUCCACCUGAGGGCGAUAACCUGUCCAGGGGUUCAUCUGCCCGCCAAAGAUGAUGUUUACCUGAGUGUGAGUCUGAUGAAUCGGUACAGAAAGUCCGAAUGUCUUCCUGCAGUGUUUCCGAUACUGAUUCGCGAGAAAAUCCGCUUCGAAAAGAUACUGAAUUAUGCCACUGAUCCUGAAGCCAUAGCUGAAUUUCUUCAAUAUGAAACUGUGAAAAUUGAACUCAUUCAGUUGAUUCCUCCAGCUGGAGAAAUACUGGCUAGUUUUGAAGAAGAUGCUAGAAGUUUUCUUUUCCCGGAGCCGAAGCUGGUCCCGUCCUUCUCGGGAGUGGAGAGAGAGGUGUUAAUGACACGACAUCCGUCUUUCCCUGGUAUAUCGCCAAGAUUAGAGUUCUCCACGAAGACAGCAAUCAGUGAAAUCUCCAGCGACAACGGCUUCCUAACUCUUCCUGUGAAGGCAAUGAGGAGGAAAACUUCUAGAAAGUCCCGAAAACAGAGCAGCAGCUCAUCCCAAAGACAUCUCUCCUCUGCUUCACACAGUCAAAGAGGAAACCGCAACACAGACCAGGGUCAGAGAUCUCCUGCUUAUUCACCGGUUUCCGCCAGAAAGCCCAGAUUUAGGAGUCUGUCGCCACAUCGAUCAAAACCAUUAAUAGAUGCAGGAGGCCUGAGAAGAAGCUAUUCCAGACCUUGGAUGGCUGACGAGGACUCUUCAGACACAGAUGAUCUCCUCAACAUCGCUGAUGAAGUGAACCGUCAUCAUUCCCUGAUGGGACGCGAAGGAUCUUCCACCCCAAGUCCCUCCAGUGUGGAGCGCCAGAGGCAAAACGGUUCUCCUGACCUGUGGGAGGAGGUUCAGAAACGGGUUCAGAGUCUUUUAACAUCUCCCAAAGCAGUUCACAGACUAGCCUGUGGUGCCACAGACUCUGAGAUAGACGAGGUACUGAUACGACGAUCUGUUCUGAACAAUUCAUGCCCAUUCUGAUCACCCAUGUGUGCUAAAAA